GGAGGGAGGGCGCCCUGAGCCCAGCAGACUACACUGAGAGCUUGACUAAGACCAGCUCGGACCUCCAGAGAGAAGCCAACACAACAAAGACAGCAAGAGGGAAUACUUCACGUCCGACGCCACACGUUUUGGUCAAAGGAUUCCGUUUGCUCGAACUUUUCCAAGGAUGACGAUGAUUGAUUUUUCUAGCCGUUACCAUUCUGGGGAGCAUCGACUCGGUGUUCUCCUCUUGCUCAUCCGUGUGCGAGUGUCCCACUGGAGAUGCCCAAGUGCGCACCGGGUGUCAGCGUGAUCCUGGACGGUUGCGCUUGCUGCAAAGUUUGCGCCAGGCAGCUGAAUGAGGAUUGCAGCCUCACCGAGCCCUGCGACCACACCAAGGGGCUGGAGUGUAACUUUGGGGCCACCUUUGCCGCCGCUACCACUCGUGGCAUCUGCCGAGCCAAGUUAGAGGGCAGACCUUGCGAGUACAACAGCAGGAUCUACCAAAACGGAGAGAGCUUCCAGCCCAACUGUAAACACCAGUGCACAUGCAUCGACGGUGCCGUGGGCUGCGUCCCGCUGUGCCCUCAAGAGCUCUCUUUGCCCAAUCUGGGCUGUGCCAACCCAAGGCUGGUCAAGGUAGCGGGCCAGUGCUGCGAAGAGUGGCUGUGCGACGACGGCAAGGACGCAGCAGACAUUUUGGAGAAGAUCUUUGGCAAAGACAAGACGGCCGAUGAACUGGAAAGAGACCUCACCAAGAGAAACGAGCUGAUUGCAAUCGUCAAGGGGGGACUCAAGUCGCUAGCUGCCUACAGGCCACAAGCGGACAUUCAGAUGUUUGACAGGCAGAAGUGCAUCAUCCAAACCACACCCUGGUCCCAGUGCUCAAAGAGCUGCGGAACAGGCAUCUCCACCAGAGUCACCAACAACAACAACGACGAGUGCAAGCUGGUCAAGGAGACUCGAAUCUGUGAAGUGCGACCGUGCACCCAGUCACCUUACUCUAGUCUCAAGAAGGAAAGAAAUGCAGCAGAACCACAAAAGUCCAGCCAGCCAGUCAAGUUCACCUACGCCGGCUCCAGCUUGAAGAAGUACCGACCCAAGUACUGCGGAGCGUGCGUGGACGGUCGCUGCUGCAGCCCUCACGACAAGCCCAUCCGGGUCAAGUUCCGCUGCGAGGACGGCGAGACCUUCAACAAGAACAUCAUGAUGAUCGAGUCCUGCAAGUGCACCUACGACUGCCCGCGUGCAAACGAAGCCUCCUACCCUUUCUACCGCCUCUCCAAUGAUAUCCACAAGUUCAAAGACUGAUUGGUGAAGACUUUGCUCGCUCAAGCCCCAAGUCCAGAUGAAUGCAGGCAGGGCAGGGCAGGGCAGGGCAGGGCAGGGCAGGGCAGGGCAGGGCAGGGCAGGGCAGGGGUGGCACCAAUCUACUAGCUUCUUGUUGUAACUAAAUUCCCAAGGAAUUGUGGACUUACAUGAGGAGGGAGGGAGGGAGGGAGGACUUUUGGAAGUGCACUGUUUGCUGUGACGACAUCAGCACUCUAACAAUCGCUUCAUAUUAAGGGAGCAUCCAUGCUGGCUUCGUUAUGGAGCAAAAUGUAAUUAACAUUUGUACAUUCAUGUUAUUUGCUGAUAUCAUUUCACUGUGUGUAUAUUUUGAUCUGUAACAUCUGACAUGGCCAAGACUGUAGACCGGUGCGGUGCGCGCGGGUGCAUACGUAUGCAAACAUCCAUUUGCGUACCGUCCCACAGCGUAACCUCUCACCUUAUGGAGUGUGCGGUCAGUCGGUCGCAUGACUUCCUGGCGUGGGCAUUAUCGUUCAUGUUUUGUGGCAGCUAGUGAAUGAAAAGAGACAAAACGAAACAUGUCAAAGGAUGGAUGGAUGGAUGGAUGAAUGGUUUUAAUAUUAUUAUUUAUGGCUACUUUAUUUGGAUAUUAAGUCAUACUGGAAUAAAUUGUAAAAAUGAUUUAAUUUUAUAUGCUACAAAUAAAAUGGAUUUAUUUAUGAAAUAUGA